ACACAGACAGUCCUGCCCACCACCAUGAGGAUGACUCUAGGCUCAUCACUAUAAUAUACAGUGGACAUGAAGAAGUGCUUGAGAGAUGUUAUGUUGCAAAUUAAUGCUGCUAUUUACAGUGCUCCUUCAUAUAAUCUGAAUAUAUGAAGAAGUUUGUAGCAACUUGAAGUGAAUUUCAUAUAAGAAUGGCAACUCCAAAUUUCAGCUUUGGUGGAGCAAGCACGACAGGCACAGCACAGACAGGUCCAGCAUUUGGAACCUCAAGUGCUGGAGGAGGAGGAGUGACGAGUGGCUUUUCCUUUGGACCCACAAGCACUGCCCAGCCUUCUACAGGCUUUGGGUUUGGAACUAACACGAGUGUUGCUUCUCAGCCUAGUUUUAGCUUUGGGAGCAACACUUCCACCCAGUCUACAGGGUUCAAUUUUGUAAAUACUGCAACAACUUCAGCAGCUACACCUGCUUUUGGUGCAACUCCCUUUUCAACCAACCCGGCUCCUGCCAGUUCAGGAACAGGGUUUGGCUUAUUCUCUAACUUUGGUGGAGGUCCACCCAAGCCACAUCUCUUUGGCCUUGGGAAUGUAGGCGGAGGAAUGACUAACACAGGGCAAGCAGCCUCGUGUUUCCCAUUUGGCACCACCACAACUCAAGCACCAAAGCCAUUUCCGUUUGGAACUGCAACCAAUCCCCUUGCACCGUUUGGGAAAUCAACAACAUUAGGAACUCAAGGAACAGAUGCUAUACAACAGCAGCAGCUUCAAGCUCAACAACAGGGCAUGGCAGGCCAGCCUGACCCUUCCCUAGCAUUGCACCUGGCCAUUUGUACACCUUCUUACUUCAAUAAUGAGAAUGAUGAGGUUUUACGAAAAUGGAACCAGCUGCAAGCUUUUUGGGGAGCUGGAAAAGGCUAUUAUGCUCCAAAUAUGCCACCAGUUGAGUUUACUCCAGAAAACCCGUACUGUAGGUUCAAGGUGGUCUGCUAUGCCAGGAUCCCCUCCUAUCACAAUGAAGAUGGCAUUGUACAGAUUGUCAUUGGGAAGUCUUUGGCUGAGGUGGAACCCUACAAACAAAACUUUGUGUCCACUUUGAGUGGAAUAUUUGGUAAUGCUGAGGUGGUAAUCAGUGAGAUGUUUGCAGCUGAACUUCCGGAUAGAACCAACAUACGGUUAUAUGUCCAACAAACUCUCGGAAAUGGGGAGAAGGAGAGGGCAACAGCUACAGAUGUGGCUCGGCAUAUGUCUCAACCAGCACACACUCAGACAUUAAAGAACCUAUUUGUCCAAGAAGUUCUUCCCUUAGUGAAUCUGACAGAGGCUCAAUUGAAGGAAUAUUUAGAUACUCCUCAAAGAGGUAUUGAUCCAGCGCUGUGGGAACAGGGAAAGCGUGAAAAUCCUGAUCCUCAGAAGUUCUUCCCAGUGGUAAAAGUUGGCUUUCAGGAGUUGCAGAAGCAAUUUAACCUUCAAGAAGACCAUGCCAAGAAACUGCAAGCCAGUAUGAACAAUAUCAUGGAUGAAAUCACACAGCUGAGACACAAACAGACCAUGAUGAAAGCUGCCAUACAGGAUGCCAAAUGGAAACAAGCUAAUCUAACACGUAGAGUGCUCAAGCUUGUGUCAGCACAAGAAGUUGAGAGGAAGAGAGGGGUUCCCCUUGACCAGAUGGAAGAACAAAUCCGCAUGAGGUUGGAGGACUUGUACAUGCAGUUGAUGCAGCCUACACAGUAUAGAGGGUGCCUGAAUGAGUUGAUGGCUCAGAUGUGUGUCAAGCCUGCAAGCUCCCAGGGUGGACCUCGCUAUGGCCUGGUGGGGGACAUGGAACGAGAGGUGUCCCAAUACAUGGCCUGGCAACAUGAUGCUCUCCAGGCGGUGGUAGGAGUGCUGAAGGAGGACCUGACAGUAGUUGAUGGCAUGAUGGAGGAAAUACAGCGUAAACCUUAAAUUACCUAAACCAUUCUCUCUCUCUUUCUCUCUGUCUGUCUGUCUGUCUGUCUGUCUGUCUGUCUGUCUGUCUGUCUGUCUGUCUGUCUGUCUGUCUGUCUGUCUCUCUCUCUCUCUCUCUCUCUCUCUCUCGAUGGUAUUAUUGAAUUUAAUUUUGCACUGGUCUAUGAUAAGGCCAAGAAAAUGUGCUAUUGGAAAAAAUAGGCACAUUGAUUCACAAUUUUUUUCUGGAAGCAUUAGUGUAUGCAGAGUAUACCAUUUUAUAUUUUAUAGCACACACACACACACACACACACACACACACACACACACACACACACACACACACACACACACACACACACACACACACACACACACACACACACACACACACACAUUUUAUGUACUUUUGCCCAACUUCUUAAGCUACAUUACCCAUAUGUAUCCUUUAGCUUUUUUGCUGCACAUCUUGAUAAAUUUUAUUAUUAUUAUUAUUAUUAUUAUUAUUAUUAUUAUUAAUGUCAAUAUUGUUAUGGUUAUUAUUAUUAUUGGGUGUGUACACUCUUCAUUAUAGCUGAAAAAAUAAUAUUUAUGCUUUAAUUUACAUAAAAAUCCAAUGAACUUACAAUUACAUUUUUAUGUGAUUGAUACUAAAGGUAUUAUAUUAUUUAUUAUGUUUCUUCAUCAUUAUUUUUAAGAUAUACUUGCAUACAUAUAACUGUAUAGAUGAUUUCUUUAAAAUCAUAAAGUUACUGUAAGUGCAUAGCAAGGUGGUAAACAUCACUGCUAUUCUAGCAUUUCAGCCUUUCCCUGAUGAAAUUGUUGAAGUGUUGGGUUAGUCUGUCUUGUUGUCUCAAGAAACUAAUACUGUAUAGAUGUUUGGGUAAGGUUUUGCUCAACAAAAUUCUCUAGAUUUCUAUGUGAAACCUUGAAAUCUAGAGUGGUACUGUUGUACUUCUUUUCAUCAUAAUGCCUUAUUUAAA